AUGAGUUUUCUGACAUCAUUGGGUCAGUAUGUGGCUGGGGUGGCGGACAGCGUGGCCGGGCUGGCACUGUCGCCGCGCCGCGCGCCGCCCUCGCGCCACCGCUCCGCUGAGGAGUCGCAGGCUCACCCGCCGCAACCAUCCACCGCGACCAUGAGAGGAUUUCCUCGAGUCGUGCCUACAGAAGGAGCAUCAGCAUUGAACGCUCGUCGUCGUACUCUGGACUGCCUGGCUCCAGCGCCACCACCGCGGCGUGGUGGCUCACUCCGAGUACCUCGCAACCAACCACCUCCGGAGAGACCAACAAUGGCUUUCUGCAAACGACGCCUCUCAUGGCCAGAGGUUGAUAACAACGUUAAUUCCGGGGUUCAAGACACGGACGGGUCUUACUUCGAGAACUUUACUGCCCUGUCAUGGCGGCAUGAGAACAGGCGUCUUGCUGCGCUGAGGCUUGUUGAAGCCAGAUCGGAGAGGGCGCCACCGGCACCCCAUGACCUUGGCCUCCCCAGCGUGUCAGCUCAACUGUCGCAUAAAGAGCAUGAGCAUCUCUACACUGAGGUGCUGUACUGCAUUGAGAACGCAGUGGGUGCACCAGCCCCUGACGGUCAGUUCGCGGCGUACAAGGAAGAGGUGGUGGAACAUGCACGCCGCGCGUUCCGUGUGUCGCCUGAGGUGCACGCGCGGGCCAUGCGUGCUGCGGGCAGCGAGCGACCGCCCACCGUCGUGCUCGGCUGCUCCGUCAUCGAAGCUGAUGGACUUGAGGCCAAAGAUGCUAAUGGGUUUAGUGAUCCCUAUUGCAUGCUGGGAAUACAACCCGCGUCUCUGCCGGCUUCUCCUCGGGCUUCUGAGGAUGAGGGACGUAAGCAUGGAUUCAGGCUGAGCUUCAAGCGCCGCGAUGGUCGCCAGCAGCGCGACAGUCUGGGCCGCCUGCCCGCUCGCUACAUACGAGCUACUAGCGUGCGACCACACACACUGUCGCCUAAAUGGAACGAGACUUUCAAAUUUGACAUCGACGAUAUAUCGUCUGAUGUGCUGCACCUGGACAUAUGGGACCACGACGACGAGAGCUCGGUGCUCGACGCCGUCUCCCGGCUCAACGAAGUCCGCGGAGUUCGUGGCCUCGGGCGUUUCUUCAAACAAGUUUGUCAGAGCGCUCGUCAAGGCAGCCAGGACGACUUUCUGGGCUGUGUGAAUAUCCCGCUUCGUGAGAUCCCGUCAACCGGUGUCGAGGCUUGGUACAAACUGGAGGCUCGCUCGCAGCGCUCCUCUGUGCAAGGUCGCAUCCGCCUACGACUGUGGCUGUCAGCAAGAGAGGCAGGUCGACAUGAUGAUGACAACUGGCAACAGGUACGUCAACACGAGCGUCUGUUCGGCGUGCUACUGGCUCACGAGGUUGAGAUGCAGCGCGCAGCAGCUGCUGCGGCUGCCGCUGCUGCAGCGGCCGCGGCUCCGGCAGGAGCUGCCGCAGCACCGGGACAGCCCGACCCUAAGAUUGCCACCACACCCACACCACCAUGGGACGGUGACCUGUGUGGAGCUGCUCAAACGCUGCUACACCAGCACGCUAUACAGGGCGAUCUCAGUGCGUUACAGGCGGCUAUCGCUCGCUUCGCUGCUGCUUGUCGUCUGAACGCUGAUGCUCCUCUCGAUCCUAAGUAUAUGCACAAGCUGCUGAUAGAGUUGGAGCGGGCUUGGUGUGCCUGCGAGGCCAUAUCUGGCAGUGGCAGCGGUGACUCUGGCUCGGGUGCCUCCCGUGAUGAGGAGCGCUGGCUCGCCGAUUGCUUCGGCGAGUACGUGGACCGCGCGCUGCAUCAACUGCGCCUGCAUCGCGACCUCUACCCCGUGCUGCACCAACUUAGCAUCAACAAGUUGGAGUAUCUUCUGCGAUGUUUGAGCCAGCUCUCGCAAAUGAAGGCUUUCUGGCGAUGCUGUCCGUUUAACAAGGAAAUAAGGAGCGAGAUAGUGACUGCGCUCCGCAAGGGCACAUCCGAGUGGUACGAGGCGCUGUGUGGCCAAGACACCCACUCCGAGCGAGGGGAGGACCUCGUCAACCUGAUCACUCUCAUACAGAUUGACCUGCAACAAGGCCUUACCUACUACCACCCACUCUUCGAAACGACCAACAACGUGCCGUACUUCAGCAUCGUCUUCACACAGAUAGACAAAAUGCUGUCCGAGGACGUGAGGAAUUGUGUGGAGCACUGGGUGGUGGAAGGCUGGUGCGGCGUCGUCGAAGAACCAAUGUACGACGAGCACGGAAACGGUGUGUGCCUAGUGACGAUAGCGAAGACGCUGCCGUUUGAAGUGUUGUCGGCGGUACGCGAGCUAUGCGCUGCGGCCGCCCUCGCGCCGCAACCGCAGGCGCAUCCCCACGCACCGCACGACCCGCCACCGCAACUGCUCGACGCCUACCUGUGGUUCGAGCCGCUGAUCGAUCGCUGGCUCGCCGUCACCAAAACUAUGGCUCUGCAGCGAGUGCGAGCCGCCGUCGAACUUGACCGGCCGGUGGAGGGGGAGCACCUCGUGAAACACAGCACCUCGUCUGUGGACACCGCGGCCUGCCUGUACCACAUGCGCCUGGUAUGGCGCUCAGUGGGUGGCGCUGAGGAGUGUACAUCGGGUGGAAGUGUGCGCCUGCUGGAAGCCGCCUGCGCAACAGCACUGCACUACGCCGACCUGGUACAUGGGGCACUCGCUGACCAGGGCUACUAUGAGAACCAUGGUCAGAACAAAACGACGGAGGAGAUAUGCACGAUUGUGAACAACUUGGAAUAUGUGCGGCGCUCUCUAGCCGAGUACGACGACGAACACAUUGUAAAUGACGAGAACGCUCGUCAGUUGGUGCGCGGUGCAAUAGGCACGCUGGACGCGCGGGCAGCUCGCGCGGCCGCGCCCCUGUCAGCCCGCGCGCGCCCGCAUCUCAGGAAAGCCGUUUUCCACCUCGCCUGGUCACCUGACACUCUACCUACUACACAGGCAAUAACUCCACUCCUGGAGUUUCUGGAUCAGCAUCUGUCCUCGCUGAACACGUGGCUGCUGCCACGUGCAUUUAUUCGCGCCUUGGGAGGAUGCUGGAGUGGCGUACUCAAGGAAGUAUCUUCUCAAGCCGACGCUGGCGGAGCCGAGCGACCACGCGUCUACCAUCACAGGCUCAGGGAGGCACUAGAUCUCUUAGCCGAUUUCUUCCACGCUGAAGGAAAAGGUCUCCCGAUGUCGGAGGUGCACAAUACGGAAUGGUUCCGCGUGGAACAAAGGAUGGAGUACCAUCAGGCGCCCACCGAGAAACUAUUGGAGCUGUGGCUCGCUGAUAGACUGGCCGAACAAUCGCGCACACCACUGCCCUCGCGCUACGGAUCCAUACUUGUUCGUGUAUACUUCAAUCACGAUUCGCUGUGCGUGGAGGUGUUGUCGGCGCGCGACGUGAUUCCGCUCGACCCGAACGGCUUAAGCGAUCCAUUCGUUGUGGUCGAGUUGGUGCCCAAACGACUCUUCCCGAAGGCUCACGAACAAGUCACUAACGUCCAAAAGAAAACGUUGAAUCCGGUAUGGGACGAGUGCUUCGAGUUCGCGGUGUCGCUGGACGCGUGCCGCUGCCCGGGCGCGGCACUCGCACUGUCAGUAUGGGACCGUGAUGUGCUGACAGCUGAUGACUUCGCUGGCGAGGCCUUCGUGUCACUUGCACGUAUACCCGGCGUCAACAACCACGCGGCACCUGACCCACUGCGGCCACUCGAACUGCCGCUCAUGCAGCUGCACGACCGCAAUCAUCCCAUCCUACAAAUCCUGGAAUCACGCACCACUGAUAAACUGGCCAUAGACUUUGUGAAGAAACAAAAGCUAAGAUUCGCUGAACAGUAA